UUAUCAAACUCAUCCUCUUCUUGCUGCCCAAGUAACCGAACGUUACGUAAUUCUAUUUUCUUUCUUGUUUUUGAUGUGCUAAAAGGAAUUUUAAAUCCGGGGAAAAUGAGUUGCAAUGGCUGCAGAAUCCUCAGAAAAGGUUGCAGUGAGAACUGCAUGCUUAGACACUGUCUGCAAUGGAUAGGCAGCCCUCAAGCUCAGGCCAACGCCACCGUCUUCGUCGCUAAGUUCUUCGGCCGCGCCGGUCUCAUGUCCUUUAUCUCCGCUGUGCCUGAAACUCAACGUCCUGCAUUGUUUCAGUCUUUGUUAUAUGAGGCGGUGGGGCGGACGGUGAAUCCGGUUAGCGGAGCAGUGGGGCUGCUGUGGACGGGGAACUGGAACGUGUGCCAGACGGCGGUGGAAACGGUUCUUUGCGGCGGCGAGUUGCAUCCAGUGCCGGACCAGUUGACGGAGUUGGAUGACGUGUCAGAAUCUGGUGUACUCAACUGUACUUCUCUUUCCACGACGCCAAGAAAGGUUAUUUCCAUACCCUUGAAAAGGAACAGUAGUGAACCCACGGGAGAUCUUGAUCUGACGUUGACGACUAGCUUUCCGUCCAGAGCUGUGAAGCGGCGAGCACCAACGCCGUCGGAGGAGUCCGAAACGACGACGUUCGGAAGUGGGCUUGAAAAUUCUAGUCUUGAGGGAGGUGAGCGGAAGCUCUUGAGACUCUUCGAUUAAGCAAGGAAUAUUUUUGUUUUUCUUUUCAUUUUAAUUUUUAACCUGCAACUUAUAAUAUAAUUACAACAGUUUAUAUGUUUAAUCUUCUUCUAUCAGCCCUUUUCCUUUAAUCAUAAUGGAGAGGAAUUUUC